AUGAAAUAUUCGACAGUUGCUAUUGCUUCUUUAGCAGCUUUAAGUGCAGUGGCCACUGCUGCUGAUGAAACUUCAAGCAGUGCUACAACCACUAUUACUCUAGCUACUACUACUUCUACUCACAGUACUCAUAAAUAUGGUAAGUUUAAUAACACUCAUCAUCAAGGUACUAAGAGUAAGACCAGUACUGGUACCCAUAAAUAUGGUAAGUUUAACAAUACCCAUCAUUUAGUUUCUAAGAGUAAGACCAGUACCGGUACUCACAAGUAUGGUAAAUUCAACAAUACCCAUCAUUUGGUUUCUAAGAGUAAAACUAGUACUGGUACUCACAAGUAUGGUAAAUUCAACAAUACCCAUCAUUUGUUUUCCAAGAGUAAGACCAGUACCGGUACUCACAAGUAUGGUAAGUUCAACAAUACCCAUCAUUUGGUUUCUAAGAGUAAGACCAGUACCGGUACUCACAAGUAUGGUAAGUUCAACAAUACCCAUCACCAAGGUGAAAAGACUGCUGAAGCCAAGAACGUUCAAGCUAAUGCCGCUGCUCCUUCUAACUUUGGUACACAAAAAGCUUUGGGUAUUACGCUUGGUUCCGCCAUGGUUGCUGGUGCUUUGAUGUUGUUAUGA